AUGGAUGAUAAAGUUGAAAAUGGUAGUAUUUUGCAUCAUUUAUUAGCUGCUUAUUCUACACUUCUAUUCAAUUAUCCAGGUACUGUUCUACUUGUAACAUCAAUUAUAACUACAAUCAUACCUAUAACUGUAUUAUUCUUCAAUCCUUUACAAAUUAAUCAAAAUCCUGAAACUGGUUUCGAUACACGUGAUACGGAAUAUUCUGGGCCACGACUAACAUGGGAGAAAGUGGCUUGGAAUAUGCAAAUGGGCAAUCGAGUAGUCCUAUCAAAUACAACAAUGCGAAAAAGUCGUUUAAAACGUUCUUGGGCUGAUGAACUAUUAAGUACUUUUGGUCAUGUAGCAUGCUAUGAAACGGCUAUUCCAGGAAUGGAUUAUUUAACACAAUUCGUUGUUGAAGUGAACUCAUAUGAUGACUUAUUUGGCCUCGAUUACCUCAAAAUGCUAUGUUCAUUAGAUACCUCGCUCAAUGAUCAGUUACAAUUAUUUGCCAAUAUGACACCAUACAGAAAUAUUUGGAGCUUACCAAAUUAUUUGUCGUGCUUGUCACCUAAUCUUUUAACCAAUUGUUCAUUCAUUGCUGAAGAUGAUGUACAAUUCGGUCGCACUAUCAUCGAUUAUUGUCGAUCAUAUCGACGUGAAAUUAUCAGCUGUCGUCGUGAUUGUCACCUGGAUUGUCCUCAAUGCUCAAAUGUUCCCAAUAAUUGCUCCACUCAGAUGAUCUUUGAUUUAUUUUAUCGAAUUUUACCGAAAAAUCUAAACACCAAACCAAUUUAUAUUAAUGGUUUCUUACCAAUUUUUACAUUAUCCGGUUAUCGAUCACAAGGCUUAUCAAUGGAUAUCAAACGUGACCUUCUUUACAAUGGUGCCAAACGUGAUUCACUUCUUGCUUGCGGUGCAGCACUUUCCGUAUUCAUAAUUGUCUUCUUAUAUUCGCUAAAUAUUUUCUAUUGUAUAAUGGUUGCUUUUGUAUUAUUUGCAUCAGUUCUAAGCGCGUUAGCGAUAUAUUCGCUAUUUACGGUUGAUUUUCCGCUUCUGAAUUUGAUCAUUUUUGUCCUGCUGCUGGCAAUUGGCUCCGAUGAUGCAUUCGUACUGCUGAAUUCAUUCCCGGUAGAUGUGACAUCACACAGUAUCUAUCAGUGCUUAUCACAUACUGCUAGCGCUAUGCUAUUAACUUCCUCAUCAACAGCUGUACCAUUUUUUACAAAUAUUCUUAGUAGUGUUGUUGUCUUUCGAUGUUUUGGUUUAUUUGCUGGUAUCACAUUGGUAUUCAAUUACUUGCUCGAAAUAUCACUUCUACCAGCAAUGCUUAUAUUCCAAUAUCGUUAUAUUCAACGUUGCAUGUCAUGGCGUAUAUUUUCAAAAUUAAAUUAUAUAAUGCAUGAUUUACUACCGUUUGUUAUCGUAUCGGGUCGUUAUAUUUGGAUCUCAUCAUUAACUGUUAUUGUUACUGCUAUGACCUAUUUAACCUAUGCUAAUCUUCAAUUUCCACCGUACAAUCCGCUACAACUUUUUAUCGAUUCUAAUGAACAUGAAUGGUAUGAUAAUAAUGCGGAAAAAAAUUUUGAAUUUGUUGCUAAUAAACUUCAAAUUCCUAUUGCUGUACGAUUAAUUUGGGGUUUAACACGGCGUGCUUCACAAAGUAUUUUUCAACCGGAUAAAUUAACCGCUGUACAGCACGAUCCGAAAUUUUCACUUCGAAAUACAACCGAUAUACAAGCAUUAGCACUGAAAUUACGUGGCUACAGGGAAUUAAAUUUUAUCAAACAUGAAAGCGAAUAUUGGCCAGAAAGAUAUCUUACAUGGAGUCGUAAUUUUACCUGUGAACCAUCUAAAGUAUGUUGUAAUUUUACUGAUGAAAAUUUUCACGAGAAUUUGACAGAUUACUGUAUUCGACUUUCAACAGCAUAUCUUUACACACAAUAUAACGACACACCAAUUUAUGAUAAUACUACUUUUAACUUAGUCGGUUAUACGGCAAUGAUACCAACACAACUCAAAUAUUCACAUCGAUUUGCAAAUUUAUCUCAUUCUUUUGAUCUACUCCGAAAUUCAUUUAGUGAUAUGAAUUAUGGUGGUUGGUAUACGACAGAAUGGACAUUAAUUUGUGUAUGGUUUGAUUUAUUAAAGUCAAUGAUUACCGAUUGUCGUCAAUCAUUGCUUCUAUCAUUUUCUGUUGUGGCAAUUUUUGCAUUUCUUCAUUUACGGCUUAAAUCAUUGAUUGCAUUGAUAACAAUCUGUUGUAUUGUUAUUGUGACGGUGGGUUGUGUGACAACAAUUGGUUGGGUGAUCGGUGUUCUCGAAGCAAUCAUUUUGGUACUUGUUGUUGGCUUAUCAUUUGAUUUCACAUUACAUUAUGGUGCUUCUGUACCAAAUAUUGGUUGUGGUAAGCAUCGUGUUUGGCUGGCAGCUCGUAAAUCAGUAAUUCCGGUCAGUUUAUCCGCUCUAUCAUCGUUUGCUGCCGGUAGCUCAAUGCUAAUUGCCGAAACGCAUGCUUUUCAUCAGGUUGGUGUAUUUUUGAUAACAUUAGCGAGUGUUAGUUGGCUCUUUGCAACAUUCUUCUUUCUACCACUUUUAUCAUUUAUGUUACAAUCAACCGUGGAUUGUGAAUUCUGUCGAGAAGAUUCUGCCAUGCAAAUCAAUCUACCAAUGAAAGAGAAAUCAACUUUUAUGUAG